AUGGCUGCUUCUACGAGCCCCGACCCACCGCUAUUCGAACCGGGCACGCGCUCGAAAAUCUCCCGUUAUGCUAUGAGAUACGCUAAACAGCAUCCGGGAGACUUUUUGUCAUAUCUGCGUCGCGUUUGGCCAGAACAAAGAGGGAGACUAGUCGAGAACCCGGGCUGCUUGAGGUUUCUUGGCGGCCUCAAGGUUCUCCUCAAGAAUGGAGAGACGCGCAAGAUCGACAGGACCUGGAUUCCGCUCCCGGAACUGCGGCGCCUCCGAGGUCGUUACUUGUUGCCCGGAGAAAAGGCCUCCUUCCCUCGUCUUGACCCCCCUCUCCCAGAAGAUGGUACACUGGGAGAAUGGGAGUUUCUGCCCCAGCUUGGAUGUCAAACCGCGUCUGAUCUACGCUUCUGGGUUAAUACCUUGUUGGAUGUCAAGUUCAAUGCAAAGUACAGGAUUACAUCCCCGCAACGAGUCAAGGAUUUGUAUCUAUUACUGUAUGAGGUUUAUCUGGAAGCCAUGGAUGGUAACGAAGGUGAAAGGAAGGUCGCAAAUUGUAUCAGGUAUAAUUUCACAAGAGGCUCGCUCCUCCUACAGUCCCAAGGCUGGAGUAACCCUGAUCUUUCAUUUCGCUAUGGCCCCCAGGGCAUGUACUCGAAGAAGUGCUUGAUGCCACUGCCAGCUGAGUGGAACGCAACACCAUCCGAGAGCGACUUGAUCGCAAAAUUCUACAAAGAAGUGCUUCUUUUAGAAGACGUGACCAGAUACACUGUCAUUCUUGAGGAGCUCAAGCUACAUCGAACAAAGUAUCGAACAAAGUAUCCCUAUAAAGGGAGCCGGUUUCAAGACAUAUCCGAGUUAUAUCAAGGUCUUGAGGACCUUGAUGUGUGUGGCCGAGACAGAGAAUGGAUGAUACAGGACUUCAAGAACCAUCCAUAUAUCUUUUGCCCCCCUAAAACUCAGUGGGAUUCUGCAUGGAACUACCAUAGAGACUGUGUUUGGUCGCAUGGCGUGGAGCUGCCUUAUCAACCCGACCUCAGUCGACGUUACCCUCAUCUGAAAUCAUUCUUCGUAAAAUGCCUUGGGAUACAAGAGUUAACGAUGAAUGCCCUUCAGAAACAAAUUCUCGGGGUCGCAGACGACGCCCCCGCUCACGAGACUCUCACUCUGAUGUCUCAUCUCAACAAUUUGGUUCAGAACUUGGACGAACUCAUGGAUCCUAGCGAGUUCACCUCUAAGCCCAUUUUCCUCAUUCUUACUCCCACAGGGGAGCUAAAACGUGUCUGUGGUGACGCGGCUUUCUUCAUUGUUGACGAUAUGCGCCUUUUCAACUUGUUCAGGGACCGGGCCAACAUGCUUGCUUUUACACGCAGUCAAGUUAUGCGGCUCGAACCUCUGUUCAAGUGGCUUGGCAUGCAAAAGAAGGAUUUAACAGUUCAGGCUAAGUACGCUGUUUACUGGCCUUGUGAGAGCAAGCCACGCGUGAUUGAAUGGGAUAUUGGCCAGAAGGCCGAGGCGCUCCCACAGAUCGCUGCUUAUUUCAGAAGUUGUCGAACGGAAAGAGACUCUGACAGAGAGGAGCUUCUCCAGGCUUUGCGACAGGCUGAGAUGAUGGAAGUGGAAGAUAUGUGGUCUGAGACAAAGCUAACUGGCAUAGACAUGAAGGAUAAGCAGCAUAGCCCGGAUGACCCAGGGAACGUGGCUCAAGAUACGUACCCUCAGCUGAAGUUGAGCACUUCGUUCGGCUGGGAAGAAAGCAGACUUGUCGCUCAUGUUCCAGCUGACAAAAAGCAACAACAAUUGGCAAUUGCUGUUGCAUUACCUCGCCUCCUGAUGGAGUGGCUCAUGACAUCACCGAAGUAUUAUGUCGGCGACCGUGGCGGCCGUGUUGACAUAUCUGAGCUUGGUGUAAGCCUCGUGAAGAGUGUAUUGAAUGCACCUCCUGAGUUGGCGAAUGACAUACUCGAGACCGAAGGCAUUGAACAGCCUAUCACAAUCCAACGGGAUCGAGAUGCACCCGACAUUGAAGAAUGCUUGGAUCGGAUGGAGGCUCAGGAGGUGAAAGCGCCACCACAAGCGACACGGAUGCCGGCACCUGCAUCACAGUACAAGCACCUCCAGUCGAGAUCCCCUCGGAACAGCUUCCUGCUACUCAAGCGCCCGAACCUGAUGAGGAUGGGCGCUUGUAUGAGCUUGUAG